UGCCGGGCUGUGGGUGAGUGUACGCCCGUGACCAGACUGAAGCUGGGGAAGCUAAAGGUGGUGCGGCGGCAGCUGCUGCAAAGGUAUGAACACCAGCCGUUUGUCUCCUGCCUGGCCGGCCUCUAUGGUUGCCAAUGGAGACGAUACCAGAGAGCCCGAGCGCAGCCAGGAGAGUGCUGCUGCAGCAAGGUGGAGUGUGGCAGUUUUGGCCUCCUGAUCCUCACCUUCUUCCUGAGUUUUUUAUUCCUCUAUUUCUGGUGUGAGGCUCAGAACGACUACAACGACUUCGACUGGUUUAACUUUGGGACUCUGGGUUUCUGGUUUCCCUGGUCGCUGGUCCUGCUGGUCGUUGCUGCAGCUCUCUUCACAUACAUCGCCCUGCUAUUGGUGCUGGCGGUGUGUCUGCUCUCUGAGGGUCAGAGACUGUACCUUCACUGGAGCCACAAGACCGGCAUCGUGGUGACAUUGGUGUUCUCCGUCACAGCCACCGCCAUCCUGUCUGAUCUCUGGAGCAAAGAAUGGAAGACUCUCCUUCUCUCCCUGCAGGUGACAGCGCCUUUCCUCCAUGUGGCUGCAGUCUCACUAAUGGCAAUUCUCUCAUGGCCAAUAGCGUUGCACUUCUUCCGCAUGAACAAGAGAGCGGGUAGAGUGAUGCUGAGUCAUGUCGGGGGUCUCUCCUGGCAAGAUAUAAUGCGUCAGGUGGCUGUCCUGGGUCUCUACUUGUCUGUGCUGUUCUCUCUCUACCUGGUUCCCCUGGGAAUGUACUCACCCUGCAUUAAAGAGGCAGGAACGCUGGGACCUGCCCCAGCACUCAUCGGUCACAGAGGAGCUCCGAUGCUGGCUCCAGAGAAUACUGUGAUGUCAUUUGAGAAGGCAGUGGAAGCUGGAGGAGAAGGACUGGAGACAGACGUCACUAUCAGUUAUGAUGGCGUUCCCUUCCUGAUGCACGACUCCACUCUGAGGAGAACCACUAACGUCGCAGAGGUUUUCCCAAACCGAACACACUUCGAUGCCUCCAUGUUCACCUGGGCCGAGCUGCAGCAGCUGAAUGCUGGCGACUGGUUUUUAUCGAGGGAUCCAUUUGGUACUGUGUCGUCCCUGUCUGAGGCAGACUGCUCCCAGGCCCAGAACCAGUCUAUUCCCUCACUGGCCCAGUUCCUGGAGGUAGCAGCCCGUAGCGGCAAACUGGUGCUGUUUGACCUGCACAGGCCACCGUAUGGACAUCCCUACAGUCAGUCAUACAUCAACACCACUCUGCAGGUGGUGCAGGCCCACAUCAACUCCUCACAGGUGCUGUGGCUGCCAUCCGAAGACAGGGAGCUGGUCCAGACUGUGGACCCAGAACUGCAGCAGACCUCUGGAGAAAAGGCUUCUAUUCAGGAACUGACAGAUGGCCAUAUCACCAGACUGAACCUGCACUACAGCACCAUGUCACAACAACAGAUUAGUAAGUACCAAACAGUAAACAUCAGUACCAACCUGUAUGUUAUCAGCCAGCCGUGGCUCUACACUCUGGCCUGGUGUGCCGGAGCUCAGUCCGUAACCACCAACUCCAUCCACAUCCUGUCCAACAUCAACAAGCCGCUCUUCCUCAUGACUCCAGAGGAAUAUAGUUUAAUGUGGAUUCUGACUGAUGCUGUGUCGGCCGUCCUCAUCAUUGCAGUUUUCAUAUUCCACUGGUGGAGAGAGAGAGGCCUGCCCUUCUGGUCCGGCAGCCGUCAGACUCACGAGAAUGGACCUUACAGCAAGUUCAGAACGGAGCUGAGCGACGUGUGGUCCAUCUCCAGCGUCAACGUCCGGCCUGACCUGCGGAGCACACCCAGUUCACCCAGUAAUCCUCACCUGCCCACCAUCACAGAGGAGUGACUGGGAGAGAGACAGAGGGAGUGGGAGAGAGUGGGUGGGAGAGAGAGAGACCGAGAGGAGGGAGAGAGAGAGAGAGAGAGAGAGAGAGAGAGAGAGAGGCAAGAUAAAGAAAGUACAGAAGUAUAGAAGAAGAUAAUGAGAGAUGGACAAGAGACAGAUUGUGACAACAAUCAAACUGGAUUAAAUAUAUUCUUAGUUAUUGUUUAUUAAAGGUUCAAAGACUAGAUGGGAUUUUAUCUAAUUUGACUUGAUAUGAGACGGCCUCAUACAGUAAACAAACAACUACUGAAAAAGGUUAGUGAAGAAGAAACAGACAUCACCCAUCAUUAAUCAAUGUAAGAAGCUGAUAAAGCUGAAAAAGGUGUUUUCUUUAAAUAAAAAAGAAAAGAUAAUGGAGUCUUUAAAUAAGAGAAGAAAAAGGAGCAGAUGUUCCAAAAUCACAAGACAAAAUAACCAAGGACGAACAGAGAAAACUGUUGAGGUAAAGUCACUGACAGCAAACUCUCUUGUCUUUUUCCACUUCCUCUCUCAUCUUCUCUCAGACUGUGGGCCAACUGCCCCCAGGAACUGAACUCUAAACCAAACCUCAUUCAUUGAUCUGCCAUCAGGGACGGAGCAGAGAGACUCUGGACACGAGCCCAGGAGCAGCAGUGUGCAUUUCCAUGCUAUAAUCUCAUAGAUGCCAUUAAAACGCCUGGGCAGUGAGGACAGUUGAACACUGGCCCGGAGGCUGACAUGCUUGACAACAUUUUCAUCUCUGGUCAUUCAACGCCACCAGCUGAGCUCAACAACGCAAGACGUCAAACUAAACCUCACAAAAGAAACAAGAAAACAACAGCUAUAUAGUGCUGUAGCAAUACAGCCGACUUUCACUAUUCCCGUCUCGUGUUUCUAGUUGAUAAAAACCAAAUGUUUGUCAGAGGAAGAGCGGCAGAGUGGAUGUGAAGCUUUGUUAAUGCUCUGUCUUUAGAGCUUCUUCAGAGACGUGUGGACGAUGAUAAAACGGACUCUGAGAAUCUUCUGCAGGAGCUAUACUUUUUCAUUUUCAGCUGUACAGAUAUCAGGUGCAUUAGACCAAACCUUAAACCAUGUCUUAAAUUUGAAUCUGUGUGUGUCUGAAUUGUUGGCUGUGGUGUAUGAACUGUACACUUUUGGACUGAUGGAAUGAAUGUAAAGGCUUGAGAAGGUACUGUUAGUUGCUAAUUAUGUUUUGUACUAAAGUGAAUGUAUUAUCAAGUGUUUCUCAAAAGCAUAUGAGGAAUGUUUUGGCUGGGAGUCAAUUCAAUUUGGCUACAGGUUUGUGCCAAAUGCAGUAUCAGCUGCUCUAAAUAAAGAUAAAGAUGCUUUUGAGAAACCAGUCCUCUUACUCUUUUUACGAGGCCGUGAAUUAAAAAAGUCUGCUUUCUCCUGAAAUUUACGCACACCGUACUUUCUGGAAAAAUGACUAUAUAGUUCAUCUGUCUCCUAACUUAAAGUGACUCUAGAUCUGAAAUCCAGUUUCAACUUUUCAGGUGUGAAAUCCUAAGGUUAGGGGCCAGUUUGCUGGACAGUGUUGGAGAUGAACCAGGGCGCGCUGCAGUAAGUGCCAUUAAAAAAAGACUACUUUAUGGCUUUGUUUUCACUGUUUAGAGUCAGAAUCACUUUAUUCAUCCAGCUAUUGAUUUAGAUAGCUGGAAGCUAUUUGAAUGCACGUCCUUGCAGGUAUCUAUUGCAAGGAAUCAGUGUAACAUGGUUCCAGGUGGGCUGCUCAUCACAUUUAACCUGCAGACGGAAUCCAUGUUGAUGUGAUUUUACACAACUAGACGUCCAUUUAGUGUUUACUCUCCCGUUCCGCUGGAUUUUGGCCUUUUGAAGUUAAGGACUUUGUUUGAUUUUGGCUGUGGGUCUCAAGUAGACUUGAGGUUAAACUGUCAUUGUUUUCAGCUGCUUUUCCACCUCGUGGUACGGCUACUCUACUCUCCUUUUUGGUUUUCCAUUAUGUAUAGUACCUGCUGCUUUUUUUGGUGCCACCUCGGUCGAGGCUCCAUGUGAGCUGAGUUGAUGCUAAAAGAUGACCUGAAAACACUGCAGACCACUGAUUGGUAGUGCAACAUACUGCACAAACCCCACAUUGUUAAACAGCCAAUCAUCCAUCCAAUAGUGACCCCAAUUUUAUUUUAUUUAUUCUAAAAUGGCAGCCUGCAAAAACCAGAGCUGACAUAUCAAAAAUAUACCAUCUCUUCAUAUCCGAUGUUAUAAGAGUAGCAGCUGCUUUUUGUGUGUAGUUAGUAUGUGGUGAGUGAAAGAGAGAGAGAGCAGUAAAUGUGAGCAGUGCAGAGGAAAAGUGAUCAAUCUGGCAGUAAAUGUACAUUGAAGGUUUGUCAGUCCGUUUUCCCAACUGUGUCCCCAUAUGGCGAUCAGCUCCGCCUACGGCGAGGAGGUACUGUCCAAGGCACUAUCUUCAGUGGAAAACAAAGUAAAGGUACCAGAAGCAAGUUGAGGAGAGUCAAGUCGUACCAUGGAGUGGAAAUACAGCUUUGGUGUGUCCUGUACCAGGCUUCAGUCUGGACUCCCUCAGGGCUGAUUGUGGUCUGUCUGACUGAGGUGGUGCUGACACAUGUCUGAAGACGGAUAAAUGUUUGGCUGUAAUCAGAAGUUUUGUUUGCAACGUGAGACUUCUGGAUGAGAUUGUGCUCAAUGCUUUCCUUCGUCCUGAAGUCAAAAUUAAACAUUGCUUAUGCGAUCUAGAUUUAAAGUGCAGAGUCACAUGACUAAGACUGCAAACGCAACAAAGUAACUUAAUGUACUGUAUUGUAUUGUAAUAUGAAAAGUGGCUUGCACUUAGUUUAACUGUAUUUGUGUUCCUGUUGAGAAUAUAGUAGCUGAUGUGUUAUCAAUCACUGCACAGCCAUAUUUAUUCUAUUGAAUAUGAUGUUUUUCACCGUAAGGCCGUCCAUUUUAAGUGAGUCUGGUCACAAUGCACCGCUUUGUUGGACUUCCUUUGGAAAUGCGUUGCAUUUCGAGCCUUGCGCGUGUUGGAUUUAUCCAACUUUUGUUUUAUAGAUGCUUUCUUAAAGCCAAAGUCUAUGCUAUCUUGCUAGAGUCAGACUCUUAGCUCGUGUUGACUGAAGUGGUGUCUGUGAAGAGAUUUCAAUAUCCUAACAUCCACAGAAACGUGCAGCACUCCAGAGGUCAAAGACACCUGAUUCUAAUGAAAGCUUCAUAGCAGGUUUAUCGACACGAGGUGAUUCUUUUGCUCUUUGCUGUUUUGUCCUCUGAAGUGCUGCCCUGUAUUUUGACUUCAAAUGUACAAUUACAAUACAGACAUUGCUGAUAGACAGGAUCAGUUGACCUGUUUCCUCUUAUGAAUUCAGAGAAAUUCCACAAACCACUGCAGUAUUAUCCACUUCUCCACUAUCCAGCGGUACUUAGUGUGUUCCAAAUCUGGCUAAAUUGUGGGUGAAGCUCAAUAUAACAUGGAAGAUGUGUUUUACUUAUAUGACAAAACAAUGACAGUUUGGCACAUACUGAGCAUGAAGAUGAACUGAACAACCUAACACACACAUUUGUUUGGUACCUGCAACUCAACCAAGCAGGAAACAUCUUCUGGCACCCUGAGAACACCUUUUUGCUAUUAAAUCUCUAUAUUUAGGACAAAGUUAAGUUAUGGCUGUAUUUCGUUGUUUUCACAUGGAGGCGACCAUUGCAUGCUGCUCUGCACGUUAUUUCAAGCUUAAAUUAGUGCGGUCAAACCAUAAAGAAGAUGUAAAAGACCAAAAUUGGUAGUACAUGGAAGAAAUGGAAUAACACCAAAUACACAUUGUCAGACCAACAGACUCCCACUGGAGGCAAACAACUUCUCAUUGUUCAGUCUCAGUCACUCCAGACUGGUGAAUAAAAUCACAAAUACUGCAAGAUUUUCUUGGCAAAACUGAAAACAAAGUCAUCACAAACCCAGUCAUCACCACCUGCUUUGCUGUCUUGAUGCAAGCGUGCGCUGUAGAUAUAAAUUAUUUUUUUACAGUUCGGUAUGUUUGAGGUCAGUGUCCGUGAAAUGGAAUUAUAAAGUAGAAUUUUCCAUAUCAACGCUGUGUUUUAGAUUUGGCUCCCUCAGUGGCAUGAUUCAGAACUCAUGGUUUGAUAAUGGAAGGGAGGCUAGCCCUGACUGGAAGCUGUGGUCCUGUUUAACACCUGCAUGCCAUGCGGCUUGUACAUUGAGACAUUGGCUGUUGUCCCGCUUGUGCUUUAAAGGUCCAGUGUGUAACAUUUAGUAGGAUCUAUUGGUAAAAAUAUAAUAUUCAUAGGUAUGUUUUCAUUAGUGUAUAAUGUUGAGGAAUUUCUGUAUUUCAAAAACUCAUUCCUCGCGCAUUCGUUUUAAUGAAGCAAUAGGAGAAGAUUUAGUUUACUCAAUAAUCAGCUUUAUUCUUAACACCAGUAUAUUGUACAAAAGUAACAGAGCU